CACCCUCUCCUCCACCACCUCUCUCUCGGACGAAUCCGCCCACCCGCCGCCUCCACCCUAUUUCGAUGCCACCAAGACCAUGCUUCACUCCCAGUAUGCCUCGCAGACGUCCAAACAGAACCCGGGCACUAACCAGCAGCUGGAGAUCGAGAUGACCGCUGAGAAGUCUCGCCGCCUCAUCACAUCUGAUUGUGGAGGCGGAGGUGCCGAUGCCAAGCCAGAGGCUCCGGUCUCCGAAGGAGUGGUCAAUGGGGACAAGUGGCCACGUUUUGCUGAUCUCGGCGGGAUGGAGCAGGUGUUAGAUCAGCUUCUGGUAGAAGUGUUGGUCCCCCUGCGUCGUCUGGAGCUGCCGAAUUACCUUGGGGUUAGGCCUGUUGCUGGGCUACUGUUGUACGGACCGCCAGGUUGCGGGAAGACCACCCUUGCACAUGCCAUUGCCAAUGAGACUGGUGUGCCGUUCUACAAGAUCUCAGCCCCAGAUAUCGUCUCUAGAGUAUCUGGAGGUUCUGAAGAAAACAUCAGGGGCUUAUUUCAGAAGGCAUAUAGGACUGCUCCCUCAAUUGUAUUCAUAGAUGAGAUAGAUGCAAUUGCAUCCAAGAGGGAGAAUCGAGAGAUGGAGCGACGAAUAGUUACUCAGCUGAUGACAUGCAUGGAUGAAUUCCACCAGAAUAUUGGUGGUGAUGGUUCUGAUGUCGAUUCAUCUAAAAAGAAACCAGGUUAUGUUAUUGUCAUUGGAGCUACAAAUAGGCCUGAUGCUGUGGAUCAAGCUCUUCGAAGGCCAGGAAGAUUUAAUCGAGAUAUAUAUCUUGGGGUUCCAGAUGUGAAUUUAAGGAAACAGAUACUGAUGAUCAGGGGCGGAUAUGGGCCCUGGGCCACCUGGGCCGUGGCCCGGGUCGUAGCAAAAAAAUGCAAUAGAGAUUUUAGCCCAAAUAAAAUCAAACCCUAA